AUUUCUGCAGACCACUCUGGCUUGAGAGGUUGUAAAUCCAGAGAUCUUUGCCAAUUCUUUUCAUCUCGUACUUUGUACACUUGCCUACCCAUCAUGGCGACAAAAACAGACGACAAACCUGAAGUCCUCAUGCUCGAGGCGCAACGCACCCAUGAUUCCGAACUCAUGAAACCCACCCUUCAUACUGGCAAAGAAGACUACUCAGGCGCCCACGAGAAGACUGACCCCAAGGAGAUUGCAUUGGUAAAAAAGCUAGAUAGAUGGAUUAUGCCCAUGUUAUGGAGCAUGUACUGGCUCAACUACUUGGACCGUAAUGCCAUCGCACUGGCUCGCAUCAAUGAUCUCGAGGAAGAUUUGAACCUCACAAGCACACAGUAUACCUGCGUUUCGAUCCUGUUUGUGGGCUAUUUACUGGGCCAAAUUCCUAGCAACAUCAUCCUAACCCGAACGAGGCCUUCCAGAUACAUGGGAGUGGCUAUGAUGCUCUGGGCUGUGGUUUCCGCUCUGACUGCAGUUUCGAAAGACUUCACUGGGCUUCUUCUCACAAGAUUCUUUCUUGGGUUGACCGAGGCCCCUUACUACCCUGGUGCGGUGUACCUUCUUAGCAUCUUCUACACAAGAAAGGAGGUAGCCACGAGAAUUGCUAUUCUUUACACUGGAAACGUCUUGGCAACGGCUUUUGCUGGUCUCAUCGCGGCAGGAAUCUUCCACGGAAUGGAUGAUGCCGGCGGUCUUUCCGGGUGGCGCUGGCUUUUCAUCCUCCAGGGUGCUGUCACAUUCGUCAUUGCCGUCGUAGGCUUCUUCGUACUUCCCGAUUACCCCCACAACACGGUCUGGUUGACUCCGGAUGAGAGAUUAUUGGCUACCCAGCGAAUGGAGCUCGACACUGUUGGAAACGAGGGCGAGACAAGCACAUGGAAGGGCUUCAAACAAGCUUCUUCUGACCCUAUGGUUUGGAUCUUCGCUGGAAUGGCUCACAUGCAUUUGGCUGCGAAUGGAUUCAAGAACUUCUUCCCCACUGUUGUGCAAACUCUCGGAUUCAGUGAGACUAUCACGCUGGUGUUGACAUGCCCCCCAUACCUCAUUGCAGGUGCUUCUACCAUUGGUGUUUCUUGGCUUUCUGGUAAACUCAAUGAAAAGACAUGGCAUAUCACAGCCAGUAAGUCGGUCGCCACAAUUGGUUUCGUAGCCGCUUGCGCCAUCAAUCCUACCAACACGGGCGGUCGCUACGCCUCGAUGGUCAUCUUCACGAUCGGAACUUACGCAGUGAACUCACUCAUCCUCGCAUGGACAGGCUCAACCUGUGGGCAAACCAAAGAGAAGAAAGCCGUAGCUAUUGGCAUAGUAACGACAGUAAUGAACGCUUCCUUCAUCUGGACACCCUACCUUUGGCCCAAGAGCGAUGGACCACGAUACACCAUUGCUCUCGCUUCCUCCGCUGCUUUCUCCAUGGCAACUGCACUACUUGCGUGGGUUGCUAAGAUCAUCUUGAUGCGCAAGAACAAGAAGAUGAGAGAGUCCGAGCCGGAGACCUCGGUCUUCUAUGUGUACUAA